CCAAUGGGGGGAGAGAGAGAGAGAGAGAGAGAGAGAGAGAGAGAGAGAGAGAGAGAGAGAGAGAGAGAGAGAGAGAGAGAGAGAGAUCUGCUAUCAGAUGCUACUAGAAUGGAAACGACGUCUGAAGGGCCUGGUACGCAUGCCUAUAGAUCGGAACCCGGAGCCGACAUACAUUGUAUGUCCGAUGGUUUAUGUGCAAGCACUUCGGGACACAUUCUGGCAUGACAGCAGUUUCGAGAUGAGUCGCAUGACGGCGGAUGCAGCACUAACUCUGAGUAAGAAGGGAUUUGACGACCUGGGCCUGAAGAAGAUGGGGUCCUGGAGGAAGAAAGGUCGGCUGGGGGAUGUGUAUGUUAUACGAAAGAACAAGGAUCCUGGGCGAUGGCGAUCAAUUGCGCCGGCUUGGAACUCACCGAUAAAAGAAGGUGCAAAGAAGGUAGCGAAAGCGCUUCAAUGCAUGUUGGGACACCUGGCAAGACAUGUACACUUUAACGUCUCAUCGGAACCACACGAGACAACUCCAAAGUUCGAUGAUCAGGAGAUCUUCUGCGAUUCGACGAAGACGGACCCGAUUAUAUGGUUUCGCAAGUUCGAACUCAAGUUGCAGCUACACUACGUCAGCGAGCACAAGCAUCACGUGUACUUAUACUCCCGCUCGGGGGGCGCAUGCCAAGCAUGGCUGGACAAUCUCCUGUCCAAGUACGAAGUGGUGGCUGCCGACUUGCAUACCAAGAUCAACUGGGAUGAUCUAAAGGCGGCGUGGCAUAAGCGGUUCCAAGUAGAGCCGUCGGAGAUCAAGGCAAUGGACAAGCUGAUGGUCUUCGAACAAGGCACGCUGCCGAGUGUUGACUGGAUUGCCGAGUACCAACGCUUGACAUCCGUCCCAGACAUUCAAAUGGGCUUCAAAGUCAUCAAACACUACUUCAUCUCGAGGUUGUGUCCGGCGUUGGGCAAUGCCUUGACUCACGUCGAGGACACCCUGACAACACCGGUGGAGCUCUUCGACAAGGCCUCGCAGAUUAUUGUCACGAACAAGGAGGCUAAGAACCUCCACCAUUCGUCUGAAACAGGCCCGAGCAGCGAUCAACAUCGAUCGAAAGUGGUCGUGGUCGCGGCGGCAACGCCAAUCGACCAAACUAGCGAGGCCGUGUCUGCCAAUGAAGGGGACAGACUCGCAGCCGCUCGGGAUGGUGGCCAUCUCGGCAAAGGCCGAGGACGCAGCAAGACGAAGACAAACACCGCAUCUAGCCCCGACAACAGUGGUUAACAUGUACCCUCACUUUUCACCCCUAGGAUAACCUUCACCACCCUGAAAAGU